AUGUCCCGCGAUCCGUUGGCCUCGGGCAGACUGACCGCGCAGCACUACCUUCUACUGAGAAGGUUAGGCUGGCUGCUACAUCCGGAGAUCGCGGAACAGGUCAAGCACCGUAAGACGCUUGAGAUCGCAGAUGUGGCGUGUGGGAACGCGAUCUGGGCGAUGGACAUGGCGCUCGAGUACCCCCAGGCACAUAUUACCGGUAUCGACAUAUCGCCGCAGCAGUUCCCCCCACGGUUCACGUGGCCGGAGAAGGUGACGCUGGAAAUGCAGGACAUCUUCCAGCCGAUGCCAGAGCGCUUCAUCGGCCGUUUCGACAUUGUGCAUUGCCGGUUGAUCAUGGCCGCCGUGUACGGCCAGAAUAAAGACUGGGUGAUGCAGAAUAUCGUGAGACUCCUAAAGCCCGGCGGCUACAUCCAAUGGACCGACGCGACCGUACCACUGCUUCAAGCCAUGAGUGACCCGGCCAGAGGACGGAGGACGUUCCGAGAGCCCCCUGCCAUCACGGUCCAGUUGACCAGCCUGUAUGGCUCCACAGAAUGGCUACGGCACCUUGGCCAGGAACUCCAGCGCCACGGCUUGAUCAAUCUGCACGAUGUUGACAUGCCGCCGGUGCCCUGGCUGUCCAGGCAAGAUACCGACAACGCCGUUUGGGCCCUGACCGAUAUUCGCGAGGGCAUGAAGUUGAGGGCUAUGCGGGAGGUAUCGGACAGUUUUGGACUGGCCGUGGAGGAGACUCUGGAAGACAUCAGACAGGGCCGAGUCUUCUUCACCACGUAUUAUACGACGAUUGGGCAGAAGCCGAGAUAG